AACUGCUCGUGUCAUACUCGAUUUUUUUCAAAACUGCUGGAGUAACGGGAUUUCUCCGGCUGACCGGCUCUGACAGAUUCAAUUCUACCUAUGAUCUGAUUUGAUUUUGGGUGUUUGGAAUACGAUUAGAGCUAAAAAUUGUCGAAAACCUUUAUUUAAAGUGUAUAAAAUCAUUAAAAAUGUCUUCGAUACCUCUGAAGAGAAGCCGAAAAAGGACGAUUCUGGCAAAUAAGAUGCUAGCGGCUUUAGAAGCGGAGUACGAUCGUGAGCAAAACCUGCACGCAGAAGUUCCGGGACCGAGCCGGAUGGUGACUCAAAAUAGCGAUCCAACAUCUCAGGGAGAGAACCAACCCCAGGAGAUGAAAGAUACAUCGCAGCUUCCGGAACCGAUAGACACAAGCGAUAUUAGUUUUAAUUUUUCUGGUGGUGGUGUUCAAGGGGAUGUAGUUUUAGUUGAUAAUAAUUUUGUAGAUUUAGAUAGUAGUGUAGAAACUGGCGACGAGGACGAUUACGUCGGUAAUUGUUCCUCCGACAGUGAUGUAGAAGACAUGGUUGGAGAAUGUACGGCUGCUCAUAACUGCACCAACCAUCGCAAUAUCUCUGAUUGUUUAAGAGAUUGGGCAGUCGUGCAUAACCAACCACGGUCGUCGAUAAAUGAAAUUUUGGCUAUUUUCAGGAAAUGGACUGCCCUACCGCUGCCCAAGGAUUCUCGAACGCUGCUAAAAACAUCCACUACUAUCGGCAAGGAAAUACGAACCCUAGAAGGAGGAGAAUUUUGAUACAAAGGAAUAGAGAAUAAGCUCAACAGCUACUUUCAGUAAGUAUUUACAAUAUGUUCAAUAAAAAUGUAUGAAUAAUUAUUUGUCUAUAAUAUUACUUUUCAGGUCAACUGUUCCUUCUACGGACCAACUCACAAUCAUGUUGUACACAGACGGCCUCCCACUUCAUAGAAGUGCAACAACACAGCUUUGGCCCAUCCUAAUGAAAGUGGAAGAGCUCCCCCUAGCCCCAAUCAUGAUGAUAUCAAUGUUCUGUGGACCGGAAAAACCAACCAGCCUGGAAGUCUUUUUGAGGCCGCUGGUAGAGGAAAUGAAAGAGAUUCAUCAGAGAGGAUUGCGGUUCGGCGAUAAAGUGGUGCAGCUAAAGAUCUGCGCUAUUAUUGCCGAUUCACCAGCAAGGGCUUUCAUAAAAGGUUUUUAUCAUUAUGUGAAACAGUUACAUUUAAUCGAAAUACUAAUUCAUUGAUUUUUGCAGCA